GUAUAAAGUCCAGCAGGUGGAAGGACCAGGCUGGGACUCCUGUGUCCCUCCCAGUGAAGGACACAUGGCCCGGGCAGCCGGGGGCCUCGGGGUCUGGAGGAGCUUGGUGCUGUUGGGUUUGUGCAGCUGGACGGUGGGUGGGGAAGCAGGUUGCCCAGAAUGGCACUGGUUGAGGGAGUGGGAGGCAGACAAGUGUGGGGCAUUGGCUGACAGGGUCCCUCAUCCCAAACCCCAACCAGUGAGGGGCCUUUGGGUACAUGCUGAGAUUAACAGCUCCCUCAGCUUGCAAUGGGAGGAGCCCCAGAGCUCUGUCCCACAGAACCUCACGUUCUGGGACCUGUGGAAUCUAGGCAGCAACACAAGUGACACUCAGAAGACCACAGACACCAGUGUCACCAUGGAGGGACCGUGUCCUGGGUCUUCAUAUGCGUUUUCUGUAUGUAUGGAAAAAGAUGGAGUCAAUGGCACCUGGGAGUCUCUCAACGCUUCCACAGCCCCCAACCCAGUGAGGUGCCUGCGGGUGGGUGCACGGACCAACAGCUCCAUCAGCCUGUGCUGGGAGGCGCCCCAGGACCCAACCUCCCAGAACCUCACCUACUGGGUCCUGUGGACUGGAGACGGAGAUGACGGAGAUACCCAGAAGACCACAGACACCAGUGUCACCAUGGAGGGACUGCGUCCUGGGUCUUCAUAUGCAUUUUCUGUGUGGGUGGAGAAAGAUGGAUUCAAUAGCACCAGGGAGACUCUCCAGGCUGCUACAGCCCCAAAUCCAGUGACCAACCUGAGAGUGCAUGCUCAGACCAACAGCUCCAUCAGCCUGCGCUGGGAGGAGCCCCAGGGCUCGGCCUCCCAGAACCUCACCUACCGGGUCCACUGGACUGGAGACGGGGAUGACGGAGACACCCAGAAGACCACAGACACCAGUGUCACCGUGGAGGGACUGCGUCCUGGGUCAUCAUAUGCAUUUUCUGUGUGGGUGGAGAAAGAUGGAGUCAAUGGCACCAGGGAGACUCUCCAGGCUGCUACAGCCCCCAACCCAGUGAGGUGCCUGCGGGUGGAAGCUCAGACCAACAGCUCCAUCAGCCUGCGCUGGGAGGUGCCCCAGGACCCAAGCUCCCAGAACCUCACCUACUGGGUCCUGUGGACUGGAGACGGGGAUGAUGGAGACACCCAUAAGACCACAGACACCAGUGUCACCGUGGAGGGACUGCGUCCUGGGUCUUCAUAUGCAUUUUCUGUGUGGGUGGAGAAAGAUGGAGUCAAUAGCACCAGGGAGACUCUCCAGGCUGCUACAGUGCCCAACCCAGUGAGGAGCCUGCGGGUGGAAGCUCAGAAGAACAGUUCCAUCAGCCUGCGCUGGGAGGAGCCCCAGGGCUCGGCCUCCCAGAACCUCACCUACCGGGUCCUGUGGACUGGAGAUGUAGAUGGUGGAGACACCCAGAAGACCACAGACACCAGUGUCACUGUGGAGGGACUGCAUUCUGGGUCUUCAUAUGCGUUUUCUGUGUGGGUGGAGAAAGAAGGAGUCAGUGGCACCAGGGAGACUCUCCAGGCUGCUACAGCGCCCAACCCAGUGAGGAGCCUGCGGGUGGAAGCUCAGACCAACAGCUCCAUCAGCCUGCGCUGGGAGGAGCCCCAGGACUCGGCCUCCCAGAACCUCACCUACUGGGUCCAGUGGACUGGAGACGGAGAUGAUGGAGACACCCAAAAGACCACAGACACCAGUGUCACCGUGGAGGGACUGCGUCCUGGGUCUUCAUAUGCAUUUUCUGUGUGGGUGGAGAAAGAUGGAUUCAAUAGCACCAGGGAGACUCUCCAGGCUGCUACAGUCCCCAACCCAGUGAGGAGCCUGCGGGUGGAAGCUCAGACCAACAGCUCCAUCAGCCUGCGCUGGGAGGAGCCCCAGGGCUCGGGCUCGGACGCAAGGGACUUUAUCUACUGGGUCCUGUGGACUGGAGACGGUGACACAAAUGGGACCCAGAACACAAGACACACCAAUGUCACUCUGGAUGAGCUUCAGCCUGGAUCCUUGUACCAGUUUUUGGUGUGGUCAGAGAAGAAUGGGAUUAACAGUACUCAUGAGACUGAAAAUGCGACCACAGCUCCCAACUCGGUCACACAUCUGCAAAACACAAGUGAGACCAACACCUCAGUCUCCCUGACCUGGGAGGCCCCUGAAGACCCCCACUCACACCUCUACACAUAUCAGAUCCAAUGGGGCAGCGAGGCACAUCCCCCUGAAGCUGGGGCCAACUGGACGGGAAGGAGCAAGGAGACGCGGUAUGUGGUGACGGCCCUCAGGCCUGGCACUCUGUACACCUUCAGAGUGUGCGCUGAGAGGAAUGAGGUGGCCAGCCACAUGCAGAGCCUCCACGCAUCCACAGCUCCAGACUCCGUCACCAUUGCCUCCUGUGUCAGCGCCUCGGGGGGCUAUGGGCUCAUCCUGAACUGGCCCUGCCCCACGGGGGGGUAUGAUGGUUUUGAGCUGAAGGUGGGCGGGCAGCAGGGCUCCCAGCACAGAUCUGAAUGCGGGACCCGUGUGCUCCUGUCGGGCCUUGGGCCGGCCCGGUCCUACACAGUCACCGUCACAACCAUUUGGAGCGGACUGAGGGCCGUGUCUGUCCCGGCGACCUGCUACACUGACAGUGCAGGCGUCAUUGCCGGAGCUGUUGUGGGUGUCCUCCUGCUCCUCCUCCUUGUGGGCCUGGUGGUUUUGUUCCUGAAGAAGAGGAAAAGGAAGCAGCAGAAGCAGGAAGCACCGCAGGACCUGGCGCUCAGCUUUCCCGGGGACAUCCUGGCCAAAAACUUCGCUGACCACGUCAGACGAAACGAGAAGGACAGCAACCGCGGCUUUGCCGACGAGUACCAGCAACUGUCCCUGGAGGGCGAGGGCCAGCCGCAGCUGGUGGCCUUGGCUCCGGAGAACAAGGCCAAGAACCGCUACCGAAACGUGCUGCCCUACGACUGGUCUCGGGUGCCCCUGCAGCCCCUCCACGACGAGCCGGGCUCGGACUACAUCAACGCCAGCUUCAUGCCUGGCCGCAGCAGCCCCCGGGACUUCAUCGCGGCCCAGGGCCCCCUGCCGCAGACCGUGGGCGACUUCUGGCGCCUGGUGUGGGAGCAGCAGAGCCGCACCGUGGUGAUGCUCACCAACUGCCUGGAGGCCGGCCGGGUGAAGUGUGAACACUACUGGCCUCUGGACACCCAGCCCUGCACCCAUGGGCACCUGCAGGUGGCCUUGGUGGGUGAGGAGGUGACAGAGAACUGGGCUAUUCGGGACCUGCAGCUGCUCCACGUGAAGGAGAAGAAGUCCCUGUCUGUGCGACAGUUCCACUACCUGUCCUGGCCAGACCAUGGCGUGCCGCACUCCCCAGACCCCUUGCUGGCUUUCUGGAAGACACUGAGGCUGUGGCUGGACCAGACCUCGGAGGGAGGCCCACCCAUCGUGCACUGCAGUGCUGGAGUCGGCCGCACGGGCACCCUCAUUGCUCUGGUCGUUCUGCUGCAGCAGCUGGAGUGUGAGGGCCUCGUGGGGCCCUUGGGCUUCAUGAAGAAGAUGAGGCAGAGCCGGCCCCUGAUGGUGCAGACAGAGGCCCAGUACGUGUUCCUGCACCAGUGUAUCCUGCGCCACCUGGAGCUGUCAGCAGCCACCCCGGUCCAGAAGGAUGCAGUGUAUAAGAAUGUGGCAAGCCUCAUCUAUGAGAAUGCAGAUGCCAUCCGGGCCCACGAAUUACAGGUGUAAGCCGGAGAAUGGGCUGUUAGAACAGCCACACUUGAGCUCUGGGUCUCCCAGCCCAGAUUCCUGGACCCGUGGGACAGUGGAGGGCUGGGCCCAGGAUCCUGGCUCCUGUGGGGAGGAUGCUGGGAGCACUGGCUCCUCCGCUGCUCUGGAGUCUGGGCCUGCACUGGGCGGACCUGGACUCUGGUCCCUUGACCAGGAGGGUGGAGCUGUGGCCUGGGGAAGGCUCUCUGGCAGUUAUCUGGAGCCUGCCUGGGCUCUCAGGAAGGAAGGACUGCAGCCCAAGGGGCAAGGGCAGGCUGGACCCAGCUCUGCUUUUCCUUUGGAAGCCAAGGCCAGCUUCUGGGAUCUGAGGGCUACAGCAUCCCCUGCCCGAGGUCUCCCUGCACCCCACUCCACAUGUUUUCCUACUUCCCAUAAUUUAUUAAAUCAUUGUUCUCCCCAGAGGCUGCUCCAGUGGAUUUCUGGGUCAGGGUGUGAUACUGGGUGGGAGUGGGUGUGGGCUCCUGCAGGAGACCCAGGGUCUUCUCAGAAGUAGCUAGGCGUGGAAGGCUUCUAGGGAAGGCCUCUGUGUCCAAGAUCUGGGUUGUGCGCACUCCUGAGGUGGUGACUGGGGGCGCGGGUGGUGGGCAGGAUACCCGACCUCUAGAAGGGGUUCUCUUGACUCCUGGGACUGGGUGUGAGGUGUGUGUGUCGU